UCAGUCCGACGCCUUCGGUCGGUCAGUCAGUCAGUCAGCCAGCCAGCCAGCCAGCUUGAGUCAGUCUCGAUAGGAUAGCCUGUUCGGUGGUACGCGCUCGUGACACGCUCCUGGCCGAGCGCACAGCGCAGUAGCACGCGCGGGCAUAACGACGGACGCGUGCGCGCGCGACCUCGAUCGCGCGAAUUCCGCGUAGUGGUGUGCCUCUGGCUAUUUUUUCCUACUUGCCUGGCCGACCGCUUGCUCUCCCGCGUCCCACGUCGCUAGGGAAAACUCCAGCUUUUCCUCGUUCGUCUGUCGCGGAAGGAAAAGAUCUCGCAGAAGAAGAAACUGGUUGCGUGCAUCUAGUUUGUGGCGAAUCAUCUAUUAUGAACGCAGCGCGCACCGCGUGAGAGCGCGCAGUGCUGAAUCCGAGAGCACUUUACCAUGUCGAUUCGUGCAGCAGAUGGCUGAAGCUUGUCAUACUGAACAUUGACAGUCAUGGAGCAAUAUAAUAACAUGACUAGUGAAAAUAUUAACAUAAGUGAUAUUCUUGAGGUCAUCCAAACCACUGAUCCUGGUUCCAUGGCCACUAUAACCAUGGACAAUGAACAACCAUAUGUAAAAAUAAUAGAACAGCCAGCCAGUAAAGCACUUCGAUUUCGCUAUGAGUGCGAAGGCAGAUCUGCUGGCAGCAUACCUGGUGCCAACAGUACACCAGAAAACAAAACUUUCCCCAGUAUACGAAUUAUAGGUUACAAAGGUCGUGCAAUGGUGGUUGUGUCCUGUGUGACAAAAGAUGCACCAUACAGACCUCACCCUCACAACCUUGUCGGCAAGGAAGUAUGCAAACAGGGUGUUUGUACAGUGGAAGUCCCAGCAGGAAAUAUGAUUGUCACCUUUUCAAAUCUAGGCAUUCAGUGUGUAAAGAAGAAGGAUAUUGAAGAAGCACUUAAAGUACGUGAGGAGCUACGUGUGGAUCCAUUUCGAACUGGCUUCGAACAUAAGAAACAGCCAACCAACAUAGAUCUCAACGCAGUAAGAUUGUGUUUUCAAGUCUUCUUGGAAGGUUCGCGAAAAGGAAAGUUUACCAGGCCAUUGGCACCUAUUGUUUCUGACCCUAUUUACGACAAAAAAGCGAUGUCGGAUCUUGUGAUUUGUAAAUUAAGUCACUGUAGUGCGUCAGUAGCUGGCGGUAUGGAAAUGAUUUUAUUGUGCGAGAAAGUCGCGAAAGAGGAUAUACAAGUAAGAUUUUUCGAGGAAGAUGACGGGCAACUAACCUGGGAGGGAUUCGGUGAUUUCCAACCGACGCAUGUACAUAAACAAACGGCGAUCGCGUUCAGGACACCUACCUAUCGCAUGCAGCAAGUGGAGCAGCCGGUGCAAGUGCAUAUUCAGCUUAAGAGGCCAUCGGACGGUGCCACGAGCGAGCCGCUGCCUUUCCAGAUGCUACCGCUAGGUACAGGUAGGCCCGCUUUCUGGUCUUUGCGGAAAGCAUUCGCCAGGAAGAAGGCGGAUUACAGCACCUUCAGUAAAAUCCUGGCUACAGAGACCGCUCUGCUUUCCAAUGUUUCCGCGCCCAAGUAUCCUCGUAACAUCGACGAAUUCAAUAACAACGAUCUCGACGCGAAAAAAUCGAAUGGUAAAAUCUCUGCUCUGCGCGCCUUGAACGAUCUUUACAACGUGAGGAAUCACUUAGACGCUUGUAACGGCGACUUAAAGGCGAUUAUUAAUUCCGCGCAAAACGUCGAUCAGCUCGCGAAGGGUACCGUGUUAGAUUUCGAGAACAACGAAGUAACAGUAAUUCCCGAGAACUCUCGUAGCGCGGGAAACGACAAAGAAAUUAACAGAUUGUAUACGCUUGGCAAUAAUAAUCUGGAGAACGACGUGUUUACCAGCGAUUAUAACAAAGCAGGAGCUAUCGAAAUGGUUUCUCAUGUGAAAUCUGACGCGCAGAACGACAGCGCAUUUGUGCCGAAAGACCAGAUCAAGAUCGGCAACUCGAGGGAGAGGUCCGAUUGGUUCGACUACUCGGAAAUCGGCAAAUGGGUGCAGAAGGGACAAGCGUGUCUGAAGGAGAAGAGCAACGAGACGGAGCUGAGGGAUGAAACGGACAGCGGCAACAAAUCCUUUAACGAAUUCUUGUCGCAGGUGGCCGAACUCGAUCAGAUCUACGCCGACACGCACACUAAGCUGGUGCAAGCAGCUUUGGAUCCGAACGCUCAUCCGCAAUCGAUGGACGUGGACGUCUGCGACAAUCAGACCUACACCAGUCUACAGAUGGCCAUGAAAAAUCCAAUAGAGCUCUUCGAUAUCGCCGAUGACAGAAAGUACGAGGAUAUAGCCGCGCCAAAGCAAGACGCGGAGAUACCCGUCUCGCCGCCGACGCUGGCGGCCAAGAGAGACGUAACGCGCGAAGCCGAGGAACGAUUGCCGCCUUUGCCUCCGAAAAGAAUACGCAAAAUGCCGUCGAUGCCGCUUCUACCGCGUCCCAUAUCCGCUCAAACACUCACCGAUUCUUCCUCCCCCGAGGCGCCGAACAAGAACUUGCCGUCCUUACCUGAUACUUUGUCCAAGCACUCGAAGCAAGGGCUCUUCUCGAAGCUGUUCGCUAAAAAGACCAAAAAGGACAAGUGCUCGGUACCGAGUCUAAAUAUGGACAGCGACUCUUCUCUGAAUACCUCGUACUCGUUGAAGAGCUCUGUACAAGACGCUUCGCAGUCACAGCUACCGCGUCCCAGUAUGACGAGCGUCACGAGUGUCAAGUCUCUCCGACUGGAUGACGACGACAACGACGACGACGAGACGCCACCUUAUGAUGCUGACUUAACCGAGGCCGAGCAUUACGCCCUGUAUACCACUAUGGCACCUCACGCAACCGUUUCCGAAUUUGACGAGAUGUCAUUUUAUUACAGUCUGGUUGAAGGCGGGAAAAUAUUGACGGAAGGAAAAGAGACUCAAACUCAAACUUAAACCGUCUGCUCAUUGAAAUCGUUUUGUUUGCAUACUGCCAAGUUGAAUGUAACGUAACGCUCGUAUGCGAAAGAACAUUUUCUCCGUGCCCUCCAAUUUUGAAACGCGAGAGGCGUUGUGUUGUAUUGCAGUUAACCCCUGAUUGAUUACUGUUACUUCUUGUUGUAACGAAUUUCUAUAUAGGCUCUUGACGCGACUCAUGUUUUAACGUUUGUAUACUGGAGGUUUCUCCAAGGGAAAUGACAAAAUCAAGAACUGUAUGCCGCUCGAGAGACACGCGCGCGACAUGCGCGCGCGUUCCCACUUAGGAUAUAUAUUGAAUAUUAAUAUAUUAAUUUUUGUUACGGAGGAGAAUCAUAUCUCGACGCAUUUACUUGAGUGUGCAGAAUCUUAAUCUAGUCAAAUUUGCCAGUACCUUUUGUUUAGUAUGUUUUUUCUAUGGUUUUUACAAGUGAGAUAUUAACUCAGAAAGAUCGCGUUAUAUUUAUUAUCAAACUAUCGAUUUGUUCUCUCUUCUAUUCUCCUUUCCUAGUCAAGCUCUCGAUGCUGUUACAUUUUCGUAUAUUUUUCAUACGCGUUGCUUUAUUACUUGUUAAGUUUUGUACGGUACUACGAGUUUACGCAAUUGUCUCGCUCCACUCGCGUUUGUUACGGACCGCUGGUUUGAAAACGUCCCAAUGACACUUGACUGUACGCAGGCUCAAAUUGUCUAGAAUUAUAUUCUCUCUUUGUAGCGUAACUUUAUAUGUGUUACAGGCAAAGCCCGAAAUUUCGCGAAUCGGCUCCGUACAUUUUGGCAAUUUUGUAUUCCUUGCCAGCACACUAAAUGACGGCGGAUCUUUAUAUUUGUCGGAUAUUGGCCAAUUUAGUCAGCCAAAUCUAGAAUUGGCCGGAUAUUUCGCGGAUUGGCUGCACUUCGGGCUUUGGCCAUAACAUGUACAUUAAGGAGAGAUAUCUGUAAGGUUCAAAUAUACGAGGCCUUCUUCUAUUUAGGGCGAUUAUAACACGAUGUUACACGCGUCGUGAUGUAUCCUUGUUAAUGUACAAUCAUUUGUAGAUGAUAUGGAUUCGUUAAGACGAAAGAGACAAAAGUUUAGUAACAACCCAAGCGCGCUAGUUUUCAAGCAUGUAGCAGAAACCGAGAAGCGUGAGUAUAUAUAUAUAUAUAUAUAUAUACACACACAUACAUAUAUAUAUAUUUGCAAAAUUG